CGGUCCCAAGCCCGGCUGAGAAAGGAGGAGGGUUUACAGACGUCUGGUUAACGUCUAGUAAAGGAAUGUUGCUUAGUUGCUUAUGAUAUGGAUGCCAAAUACAGCAAAAAUUUUACAAAUUGUAUUGAACACUGUAAGAUUUUUUCAAAAUUGAAAAAAGUUUAUUUUGAUAAAUGAAAUUAAACAAGGAAUCUUUUUGAUGGGCCUUUUAUCAAAUAUUUUUCAAACUUACCAAUUUAAACUUAACAUGUCUUUUAUUAUCAGCCUCAUUAUAAAUAUUUUUAGCAAGAGUAACAGCAUUAAAUCUAAAAACUGUGUUAUCACAGUAAACUAAAUAUUUGAAAAUUAUGAAAAGUUUAGGGUCUUGGGAUAUUUUGAACCUGGGCUGGAUCUGUAUAGAAUAUGAAUAAAUUACUUGCCUGUGUCAGAUGGAUGUUUCUGAAUACACAUAUACAUUAAUCAUUUGAUAAUGUUACAAGAAUUACAAUUCUAUGCAGGCAACAUACACUGUUAAGCAUGUGAGGUGUUUAUUUAAUAUUUUUGUAAUACAUUAAAUAAUGAUCAGUGAUAUUUUCACUUCAAUUGUACUACAAAUUUCAAUAAAGCCUUAUAUAUCAUGCUUAAUUCUGAAAUGGCAGCCCAAUAUUUUAAGAGAUUAAUAUGAAGAAUAUUCACCAAGAACCAAACUAUCUAUCAUGUAAACACAAUCAUGGCAGCUAAGCGGACAAAUCAUUUUAACUAUAAUUUAACAAAUAUGGAGUACAUCUAUUUGAGACCUACUAGUUAUUUUCCUCCAACGUCGAGGGCAUGGAUGCAGAAUAUUACUUCUAGCAUUCUCAAACAAUAUACUGAAGAGAAAACACAUUCGAAAUCAAAAACAAUGUGGAAAGAAAAACCUGAGCACUGGCCCCUUAAUAAACCAUUUUAUGACACAAAAAACAAAUCACAAGACAAUCGAGGAAAAACAAUAUCUGAUGAAGACCUCUUGAAAUGUUUGCUUGAUUGCUGCAAGCACAAAAAUGUACAAAUUAACUUCCUAUACCAGAAAGAAGUAGCUGCUUGGCAAGAAAAAAGACGUGAACUACUUUAUAAAUUAUAUAUUUUUCGCAUGAAUAUGGAGAAAAUCAAAAUUGCCAUUAAAAACAUGAUUUCCAAUAUGGAUUCUGAGGAAAUGAAAACAGGUCUGCAAAGUAUAAAUGUCAGUCUUACCUUAGAAACAGACAUAACAUGUAGCCGCUGCAAAGGCCAGUCUGAAAUAAUAACUGAAAUUACUCGCUAUCUUGCCACCGUACUGUGUAAAAUUAUGAAAGGAAAAGAUCCAGAAGCAAAAUGUGAUGGUAUUUGGACAUCUCCUCCUGACAACUGGCCUUCAGCAGUUCCAUUUUAUAGUCCACACAACAGAGGAAAAUGUAAACAGACAGGCUCAGAUCAGGAGCUUGUUUUGACUCUGAUUCAAAAUUCAAAAGCCAUAAUUCCUCAGAAAUAUCAGUCUUUAAUUACAGCUUUUCAAAAUGUUGUAAAUGCAAAUAAUUCAAAGGAAGCAAAAAAGCUCAAAGAAACGUUAUGUAGAAUUUAUACCAUUCAGAAUAAUAUUUCAAUCAUUGACAAUGCUCUGCAGACUAUGCAUGAACAGGGACUAUUUACAUUGAAUGUGCACAGCAUUUUAAACCAAUGGUGGACAACACAAACUCUUGAUAGUCAAAGUGAUGAAAUUUUGAAGAAUUCUGCAAUAAUUUCAGACAACAGACAGGCUAUUCAAAUACAAAUUACAGAGACAUCUUUCAAGAUUGGCUUCAAGGCAAAUGAUUUAGAAGAUAUAACAAAGUCACAUGUAUUUUACAACAUAACCUCCCAAACACAAAAAUCUAGUCCACAAAUAAUUUGCAGUAGUUCAUCAACAAGUUCUUCAACCAAUGAACAUAAUCUGGAAACACUUAAUAAUGAUAGCAUAUUUCUAAGCUGCUCAAAAGACAUUGAUUUUGAACAUUGUAAAGAUCAGGCAGUUUUAACAAAAGAACAAUCUAAAAACUGUCAAACAAAAGAAACUAGAUUUCAUUUAAGUGAAAACUUUGGAAGCAGCAAAGAUGAGCCAGAAAAUGUUAUAACAUAUCUUAAUUCAAAGCAGACAAAGGGAAAAAAAAGAAUACAUCCAAAAGAUGAAGAGCUACAGUCUGAAAUAAAAAGGCCAACAUUAUCAACUGACAAUGAUUACAACACACAGACUGAAGAAAAUAAUGAAACGCAGCAAUCAGAGCAACCAUCCAUAAGACAAGACAACAUUGAACUACAAUACAGUGAAAAGUGGCUGUUUACAAAUUUAGGCAUUACUGAUGGUGAUUUAUCAACAAAUAUAUCAACUCUUUCGCAAGAUGAAGACUUUUUGUCUAGUGCUGACAAUUGUUUAAGUGAUCAGCUAGAAGUUUUACUAACAGAUUUUACGGUUGGACUUGAAUCAGACAAGAACUCAAAUACCGAAGAACUUUUAUCAAGAGGUCAUGACAAAGAGUGAAUAGUAACACUAACAACAGAUUAUUUUUACCAUUUUCAUUAAUUUCAGGUUUUAAAUAGAGAAUUUUUCAUAAGGGGUAUUCAAAAAUCCAAAAGAUGAAGAAGAAACAAAACAACCAUAAAAUCAAACAACAUAAACAAAAACAAAUAUAAGAUAAACACUGCAACAAUACUUAUAAUCUAAAAAAUAACAUACUGUGCAAUCAUUUAUUUUCGUUGGUAUCAAUUUUUGUUGAUUGCUGAAAACUUGCAUAUUCGUUGAUAUUUGAUUUCGUGGUUUUGCCAAUCUCUGUAUAAAAAUUCUAUUAAAAAUAUGUUAUUCAUUGAACAUUUGAAUUCGUGGUUCACCUGAACCCAUAAAAUCCACAAAAAUUGGCAUCCAACAAAAAAUAAUGAAUCCACAGUAUACAGAAAACUAUUGCACGUUUUGGCUGCAUAUUUAAAGAUCUUUAAAGCACUGAAGUGAACUCAUUUGUUCCGGAAAGGUAAUCAGUGACUGCUCAACUACUGGAUACUGUUGUGUUGUCAUUGGCAAGUAAAAUUACCAUUCAAAAAGAUCCCCAUUGAGUUUAUUGUGAAGCUACAUGUAUUGCAUGACAAGAAAAACAAAUGAUGCCAAAGAAUAAGGCUGUGUGUGCUUAGAGUGAACACAUGACUUGAAAAAUUACAUUUCAAUGAAUUUUACACCUCGCACAAAUAGCUUUAACUUUAUUGCAAAAUCAUUUGCAGUCUGUUUUCCUAACAAAAUUCUGACAGGGUGGAAACAUGACACAAAUAAAUUCUCUAUUUCUAACCUCUACCAGUGCUCUUAUUUCUGUUCCCUCCAGUAUUUAUGAAUUGAUAUUACCGGUCAAGCAUAGGCUAUUCAAAAAAAAUCUUAGCUUCUUUUCUAGCAAUGACAAAAGUUUCUGUCCAAGCACUAAAAAAUUUUAAACAGAAAAUGAUAAUGUAAAGCAAUUUUCUUUUCAAAUUUCAAUACCAUGUACUUUUUUUUAUUUGUGCAUAGGGCAUCUUUACAAAGUGAAAUAUUUUUUUCUUUGAGCUACAUGCAUAUGUUUUAUCUAAUGCAAAUCAGGUGUGUUUCAAACAAAAUAACGAUUACCUCUAAUUCUUUUCAAAGCAAUCAAUGAAAAUUUUUACUGCACAAUCAAUCAAAUGAAAGUUUAAUUUCAAAAUUAGAACAUGUAGAAACAAAGAUUUAUUUUGAAUGGCCUUAUUGAUCCAUGCGUUUGUCUACUGGAUUUUCUUUAGUUUUCUUUUCAUUUUCACAUAUUUUGGAAUGAACAUGAUGAAUUUGGUGUUCAGGAUAAUUAUCUUAGAGGGAUAAGUGGUUCAGUAUAAUCUUCAUGACAUCUACGUAGGACAACAGGGAACAUUUUUUUUAUGAAAAUGGAAGAAAACUGACGGAAAAUCCAGUAGUCAAAUGCCUGAACUUUUGUGUUUUAAUACUUAGCACAUUGUGCGAGUAUUGAUAUAUUUAUGUAAUUAUGUAUUUUUUAAAAUAAAUGAUAUUUUAAUGUUGA